GUCGGCAGUUCGAGGCUACUUUCUUCUUGGACGACUACGACGACGACGGUCAGCUUCGUGUGCCCGAUUCAGCCUCUCACCAUUUCUUGAGGUUAUCAAUUUCAUCAUGCUCUCUCAGAAGGUUGCUCAGCAAUCGCUGCGGCGGCUUGCCGUCCAGCAGCCCUACGCCCUGCGUUGGUCUUUGAUGAACUCGGUCUCUCCGGCUGCUGUUGCUCUCGGAAGAGCCGUUCAGACUAGACACGCUGCUACCUCCUCCAACUCCUCCGACCCUACCAAGCUCCUCGCCCAGCAGCGUCUCAACCGCCCCGUCUCUCCCCACCUUAGCAUCUACCGUCCCCAGAUCACAUGGAUCGGCAGUAGUAUCCACCGUAUCACCGGUAUUGCGCUGUCCGGAAGUCUCUACCUCUAUGCCUCUGCCUACCUCGCCUCUCCCAUGCUCGGUUGGGACCUGGGCUCUGCCUCCGCUGCCGCCGCUUUCGCCGCUCUCCCUGUUGUCGCCAAGGUUGCCCUGAAGACUACCAUGGCCCUGCCUUUCACCUACCACUGCAUGAACGGAGUGCGCCACCUGAUUUGGGAUACUGGUGCUGGUCUUACCAACCCCCAGGUCAUCAAGUCCGGCUGGACUGUGGUUGGUCUGAGUACUCUUAGCGCUCUCAUUCUUGCUUUCCUGUGAACUAUUGUGACAUACCUCUGAUUCCUGUUGUGUUUUAAAAUUGUUUUCGUGCAAUAUAUUUUAUACCAGUCAAUUGACGACUGUUUUUGGAUUAAA